AUGGAAGGCAUGAAUGCUGGCGCACAAGAACAACAAAAUCUGGAAAGAAUAAUAAAAACUGAGCAAGAAGAAAAAAUCAAAACUGAGCAGCAAACACACUGUUUAUGCGGAAGUAAUGAUGAGUCGUCAUUCAUGAUAUGCUGCGAUCACUGCGGUAUUUGGUAUCAUGGAUCAUGCCUGCAAGUUACUCGCACCCAGGCAAAUCGUAUCGAGACAUACGCAUGCCCUCCUUGCAUUAGCAAAGACAGCAAUUUACAAAUCGUGUACCGUGCUCCAAAGAGGGAACAAGAAAAGAGCGUCCAUCGCGAGAAGCAGUACAAAUCAAAAAAAGCUAGAAACGAUAUCAAAACUCAAAAAGAAAAACCUGAGCGAAGUUGCAACAACUGCAUUAACUGUUUCCGAUCGGCAAAUUGUGGUAAAUGUACAAACUGCAACACUUCUGUAGAGCCUUGCUUGAAGCGCAUUUGUUUGCAGUCGGAAUGGUGGAAUAAACACAAGAAAAAGCAAAAAAUUGCUAGCGGAGAGGAAAUUCAACCAUGUAUUCACUCAGUCUCACCGAGAGUCAAGAAAGAACAAAUGAAGUAUGAGUACACAACAGAUGAUGACGACGAUAAUAACCCGGGAAUUUUUAAACGAGAAGGUGGUUCGACACGUUCGGGCUCUGCUGCAAGUAGCGCUAAAAAAACUCAAAGAAAAACAGUGAGAAAAAGGAAAACCGUGCCAUAUCAGAAACGUCAAACAAAUGCAGCAGCGGGAAGAGCGAAGAAAUCGAAAACCAGUGAUUUUUCUUUUACAACAGAUCAACGCCAAAAACUUACAUCAGCUAUUUAUAAUCGUCGCUCACAUCGUCAUAAUCAGAAUAAGGAUACAGUAAAGCAUUGUGAGGGGCCUCAGUGCACGAAUUCCACACGUUCGCAGUCAAAAUUCUGUUGUGAAGAAUGCGGAAUGAAUUUGGCACGUGAUCGUUUGCGUGCCAUCUUGCCGGACCGUGUUAAGUCAUAUUGGGAUAAUAUGUCUUAUUGUAUGGAACAGUCACAGCAUUUACUAGAUGCAGCUGAGGACCAAAUUCAAUUCUUCACGAAUAAAGUGCGCAUAUUCGCAGAUUUUCAGGACGAGCUACAGAAAUGGAUUUCGACAAUUGAUAAGAUUGAACCUAAGAAUGAAGCAGCCGUCAAUAACUCGCCGGACAUGGACUUCGUGCUGCAUUGCGCUGUAUGCGCUUUGGAAUUUCCAGCCAAACUCAUUGUAAAACAUACAGAGCGCUGUUUCGUGCGCAAUGAAAAACAGAGUUGCUAUGGUACGACGAACAAGUCACAAGUCAAUCCGUACAAUAUUUUUUGUGAGCAGUUCAAUAAGGCCAAUAAUACGUUUUGCAAACGCCUUCGUGUAUUAUGCAGUGAACACUACAAAUAUACAGAUGAUCCUACAAAGAUCUGUGGUUAUCCUUUUGCGUGGAGUAAGAGUGAAUUUCGACCUGUCAUCAAAAUGUUUGGCAACAUGCAAGCACUGAUUCAGGAAGGCUUUUGUUUUUCCUUACGAAAGAACUGUCUUCAGCAUCAUAAUUGGAUUCAGAAUGCAAUGGGUUUGAUCGACGUGGAGCUGCUUAAUCUUUUGAUUAAACUCGAUGAAUGGUUUGAAAAAAAACGAAUACUCCAAGUCUCAGAAACCAUGCGUGGUGAUGUGCUUUCACUUUUGUGCAAUAAAACAGUUCGUUGCAACAUAUCACUGAAUGAAGAUAGUUCCAUCCAGCCCUGCACUUCGGGUAAUUGCCAUCCCGCUGAUGACGUACAAUGCCAGGACGCAGAGCAAUCUAUGAAUGCCACAACUAUGCCGCAUACAGAGAGAGCAGCUUACAUUGAUUGCAGUGAUGUUUGCGAAGAUAAUAUUAAUGAACAGAUAUAA